AUGAAUGUAGAUGAUGAAGGUUGGAAAACUGUUAAGAACAAGUCUGUGUCAAAGGACACAAGAAAUGUGGAAAAGAACAUAGGGGUGAGCACAUCCAAUGGUUUCAAUACCCUUGAUCCAUCAAGUUCUCAGGUUCCUGCACAAGGACCUUGGAUUGCUAUGGGUGACUAUAAUGUCAUUCAAAGUGUUGAAGAUAGGUAUAAUGGUAACCCUGUUAUGGAGGCAGAAACUAGAGACUUCUCUGAUUUCCUAGAGAACACAGGAAUGACAGAACUUAAAACAGUUUGCAUAGAAUUUACGUGGACAAACAAUCGUGUAUAUAGCAGAAUAGAUAGAGCUUUAGUUAAUGCUAGAUGGAUGAUGAAUAUGACCCAGUUAGAGGUGGUACUGCAAGAUCCUCUCUUCUCUGAUCAUACCCCUGUUUGUGUUUACUUUGAACAUGAUCACCAACCUAUGCCUAAACUAUUCAAGUUCUUCAAUAACCAAGCUGAGCAUAAGGAGUUUCAAAGGCUAGUCAAAGAUACCUAG